UGUGUCUGCUCAUCAGAACUCUAGCGUUUGACGACUGAACAGAUGGAUGGAGGAGCUGCUGUUGCUAAACCUUAUUUGACAUCCACUACUUUGUGCCGACCACGUUGCUGAGAACUUCAGGUGGAUUUCUUGAGAACAGUAGGAAACCGCAUAGAUGGCAAACAUGGCCUCAGCCUCAUCCAGCAGCGAAAGUGAGUCACAAAGUGUGCUUUCCUGGGAGCAAGUGAGCCGCUUGAACGAUGUGCUGACAGAGGUUGUGCCCGUCCACGGACGUGGCAACUUUCCCACCCUGGAGGUCCGGCUAAAGGAUAUCGUACAGAUGGUGAGGAACCGUCUGGAGCUGAGUGGUAUUACAGUCAAAGAUGUGCGUCUGAAUGGCUCCACUGCUAGCCACGUACUGGUAAAGGACAUUGGCUGGAGCUACAAAGACCUGGACAUCAUCUUCAGGGUAGACCUUCCUCGGGAAGAGGAGUUCCAGCUCAUCAAAGAUGUGGUUCUAAGCACUUUGUUAGACUUUCUGCCCGAGGGGGUGAACAAAGAGAAGAUCACUCCUAUGACUCUGAAAGAGGCCUACGUCCAGAAGCUGGUCAAAGUCUACACCGAGCAGGACCGCUGGUCCCUCAUCUCGCUGUCCAAUAACAAUGGCCGCAAUGUGGAACUUAAGUUUGUGGAUUCAAUCCGGAGACAGUUCGAGUUCAGCGUGGACUCCUUCCAGAUCAUUUUGGACUCUGUGCUGUCGUACUAUGACUUCUCAGAAAACGCCAUGUCUCGGCACUUCCACCCUACCGUGGUCGGGGAGAGCGUGUACGGUGACUUUGCCAUGGCUCUGGACCACCUCAGGAACAAGAUGAUUGCCACCAAACGGCCAGAGGAGAUCCGUGGAGGUGGUUUGCUCAAAUACUGCAACCUCCUGGUGAGGGACUUCAGGCCCACGGACGAAGACGAAUUUAAGGCCCUGGAGCGCUAUAUGUGCUCCCGUUUCUUCAUUGACUUUCCCGACAUUGGUGAGCAACAGCGCAAACUGGAGGCUUAUCUGCAAAGCCACUUUGUCGGUGAGGAGAAGAACAAGUACAACUACCUCAUGAUCCUGCGGCGGGUUGUGAACGAGAGCACCGUGUGUCUCAUGGGACACGAGAGGCGGCAGACACUCAACCUCAUCUCACUGACGGCGUUUCGGGUGCUCGCCGAGCAGAAUGCCAUACCUGAUGCGUCCAGCGUCACCUGUUACUACCAGCCGGCUCCGUACGUCAGAGACCUGAACUUCAACAACUACUAUGUGGCCUCUUGUAACCAGUCCAUUCCAACUUGGUUGCCUUGUAACUAAGACAAAUGAUUCUUGUUCAACAACAAAAUCCACGAGUUGGCUAGAAAAGCUGCAUUUUUGGCCAUAAGGGAUGUUUCCCUCUGUAGGCAUAAAGGAUCUUUAAAAUGACAA